UUCGGUGUCAUUUAAGAGGCUUUCAAGGUGCACUGUACUUCUCAGCCCAGAUCUUACUCAUAGAGGAAAUCUGAUCUGCUGCAGCACGGAAACAUCAGCAGUGAGAUGGCGAGACAAAUUCCUUAGGGAGCUGCUUGUUUUCAAGCCAAGUGUUCAUGAUAUGAUCCAGCUGGCUUACAGGGAUCAACAAUCCACUUAUGAAAAAUGGUUAAAAACGAAUCCCACCUGGAUGAUUUGACACUGGCAAUGCUCCAGAAUAAAACAGUCUCCAUCACCCUCCCAGUUGUGUAUACAGUAGUGGCUGUGAUCAGCAUCCCUGGCAAUUUGUUCUCCCUUUGGGUGCUCUGCUGGCACAUCAAACCCAAAACACCUUCUGUUAUUUUCAUGAUCAACUUAAGCAUCACGGACCUUAUGCUGGCCUUAUGUUUCCCCUUCCAGAUUUCUUAUCACGUCCGAAGCAAUCACUGGACAUUUGGCAAGACUCUUUGCAGCCUUGUGACAGUGAUGUUCUAUUCCAACAUGUAUUCUUCCAUACUGACCAUGACCUUUAUCAGCAUGGAGCGGUACAUGGGUGUGGUACACCCCUUGAAGUCGGUCAAGUGGAGAAGAAAAAGAUAUGCCUUGGGUGCCUGCCUAGCUAUGUGGUUUGCAUUGCUACUAGCCUUCUACCCACUAGAAACUACAGACCUGACCUAUGAAGUGAAAGAAUUAGGGAUUAUAACCUGUUUUGAUGUCCUUAAAUGGAAUAUGCUGCCCAACUUUGCAGCUUGGGUAGCCUUUCUCCUCACUUUAUUUGUUGUGCUGUUCCUGAUCCCUUUUGUUAUAACAGUUGGAUGCUACAUUGGUAUCAUUAGGAAGCUAAUUCAGACAUCAAGCAGAUAUGGCAAUAAGCAAAAGACUAGAUCUAUAUACCUGGCAAUAAUUGUCCUUCUGUCCUUCAUCACUUGCUUUGCCCCCAAUAACUUUAUCCUACUUGCACAUAUGAUCAGCCGCCUAUUUUACAACCGCAGUUUGUACCCUGCCUACAAGCUUACCUUGUGCCUCAGUUGCUUCAACAACUGCAUAGAUCCCUUCAUUUAUUAUUUUGCAUCGAGAGAAUUUUACCAGAAAUUCAUGCAAUUGUUUCGCCCUAUGGUACCGCUCAACGACAGCUUGGAAACCAGAAGGGAAAGUUUAUUCUCUGGCAGGACCAUGUCAGCCAGAUCGAUGUCAAGUGGACCCAUGGAUGGGUUAGAGGGAGUAAGGAUCAAUUUGCAAAGGCAGGAAAGUGUUUUUUAGUGUUAGAUAUUCCCAGAAGAAAGACACCUGUGAAACUCAGGAGUAGAUACAGAAAACAUUUCCUUUUGAAAGGCCAUGCUGAAAAUACCUUGCUUCAGUGACAGAACUCAAACUGUACUUAAAUUGCAUUUCAGGAUUUUCUGGUCAUGGAAGUGCUAAAGGAACUGAAUUUCUUCAA